AUGAAGAUCUCGACCUUGCUCUGUGCACUUCUCCUCCUCCUCCUCCUCUACCGGUCUGCCCCAGCGAUGGGGGAUCUUUAUGACAGUCUGGAGUGCCACAACCAUCAUGGCCACUGCCGGAGAAUUUGCUUCCACAACGAAAGGUCGAUCGGCACUUGCACCAACAGGCGGCAACUCUGCUGCAAGUGAAGGGGGCCGGCCGGGGUUGCGUUGGACCAGGAAGCACACCGAGCCUCGAGGGAGACCCGGGUAAUGCCCCCAAACUGGGCGAAAGGAAGCCACAUCCAA